UGCGACCAUUCACACUCGACGGGAGAGAGUUAGAUCUCAUUUCCAGAAAACGAAAUGAAAUUUCCAAUCCAAGACAUCUCAGAUUCCUCGUCUCCCCUCCCAAUCGAUGAAGGUUAAUCCGUAAAUUCGCUCAACUCUCCAGGGCUUUUUCGUAAUUUCACAACACCCCAGCGGGAAAUGGGCUCUGCUCAAUCCUCCCAAGAGCUCGAAGAAGACGAAGAAGAAGAAGAAGAAGAAGAAGGGACUUCUAACAGAGAUUCAAACGCAUCUUCCAAGAAAGUUCUAGAACAAGCCCCAGAGAUCCUCCCGUGCCACGCGUCAGCAUCUCCUCUCUCCCCUCAGCUCUCCUCCCUCGGCACUCCUCGCCUCGGUCCGUCCAUCAAGGUCUGGGACCCAUACAACCUCCUUUCCCCUCAGCAGCAGCACCUUUCCGAUUCCGUCGACUGCGACCGGGCGGCCACAACAACGGUAGAGGUCUUCUUGAUCAGUCACGGGGAGUGCGGGAUCGCCCUGCGGCCUGAUUUGGUUCCCGGGCGCUGGCCCACUGCGGGGCUCACAGCAGACGGGAAGCGGCAGGCGCGGGCGCUCGCAGUUUUCCUCAACUCGCAGGGGGUGAGGUUCAGCGUCGUGUAUUCGUCACCAUUGGAUCGGGCGCGGGCCACCGCUUCUUUCGUCUGUCAGGAACUGAAUUUUUCCGAGGAUCAAAUACAAUCCUCAGACACACUUCUGGAGAUGAGCCAGGGUCAGUGGGAGGGUUGCCUCAGAUCAGAAAUAUACACCCCUGAAAUGGUCAGCUUCAUCGAUCGAACCCAGCCUGAUUUCUCUGCACCAUCAGGAGAAUCACUCAGGCAGGUGGAGUUCCGAAUGAUGGAAUUCCUCAACAACACAGUCUUGAGGCUGCCCGAAAAGCUGCAUCAGAACGAAGCCAAGGGACUUUCACGCCACAACUCCCAGAAUCUAGCCAACUCAGUUCAAGACCGAGACGGCCCCACUCACCUGCAAUGGGAUUUACUUCACAGGCAAAGGCAGGGGCUUCAAAGGAAGAAGUCCGGUAAGAGCAGGCUGCAGUUUGUGACGAGAGGGGAUAACGAGAUGGAAGACGAAUUCUCCCCUCGAGAAGAAACCAACCAUAGGCACCUUCAUGAAGUAAACGCCCGGGCCUCGUCAUCCUCUACCAUCUCUAUAGGGAUUUUCACUCAUGCGACGCCGAUCAAGUGUCUCCUCACGGGUGUGCUCGGGUGCAGUCCGUUGAUGUCGCACCGGAUCUGUAUAGACGAUUCUUCUACAACAGUUUUGCAGCAUUCAUUGAGAACAGGGUGGCAGAUAAAGAGGUUGAAUGAUACUGCCCAUCUCAGGCUUCUCUAGGCAAAGACGGGAGAACUAGAGAAGCCUGAAGAGGAUGCUAUUUUUGGAUACCAUGGCUCGAUUUACAAUUCAUCUGAAUUAUUGGGAUCAUUGAUUGGUUUCACCUGGCAGAUCUCCAUAGUCCGCAUCGUCCUUCCAGCCAAUAUUCCAGUGCUUAAAGAGGCCAGCAACUGAUCCAUAGAGGCCAUAUCGGCCGGUAAAAUGUGUCAUUUAACCAGAAAUGGGCUGAUUCCUGACUUGGGUCACCCUUUUUCUUUCAGAAAGAGACGAUUUUAUUGGAGCGCUCGUGAUGCAAGUUUCAAACAGUCAUCAAUAAGGUCUUUCAGGAUCAAAGGGAUAGAGAAAGCUAUGGAAUUCGAGACAGGUCUUGUUUGGUGUAUGUAUUUUCAAGCUCCAACUCCUGAAAAAAAGAAAAAAAAGAAAAAAAAAAAGAUGCAGGAAUUGGGAGCUGUUGUUUUCAUGUGAUUCUUUCUUUUGUUGUGGCAUUUCUAUAGAACUGAUCAACUGAAGAUGUUUUUU